AUGCAGCGCCCGUACGAGCCGCGGCGGCGGCUGCCGAGGAGUAUUAUGAAGGAGAGGUUCUAUGGGGACUUCGAAUACUUCGUGACCCAGAAGCCGCCGCCGAGGAUAUGUUUCGGCACAGGAAUGAACCGUGAGGCGCUGCCGCUAUGUGGGCCCAACUUGAGCCCAUUUAUGAGACGCAUCACGCGAGAGCUGUGGCCGGAAUUAGCGCCCAACACAUACGUCGAUGAGCGCGACGCUUUCUAUGACGUCACACAUAGGCAUUACAGCAAGUACGGGCUAGGUCCUCGAGAGGCACGGUUCCGUACGAGGCACGAGUACCAGCCGCCUCCUCGAGAGCCUCCACCGGCUUUACCCUGGCCUCAAAACUGUGCUCCGUUCAACUCCACAUCUAAGCUCAAGUCAUUCUUUAAAUCCAAUGAUAAUCCGGCACCCUGCGACUAUUUACCAGAUUUCACAAAGCGGCAAAUGAAAUUCGCCUACAGUUUCCAAGGCAAGAAGUCGUUAAUUUGCCCAGUACAGAUAAAAUGUGUGCCUUACAAUUUGGACGAAUGUGGCGUAUGUGGGUGUUCCUGCUCAGCCCAGGGCGACUAUUGGCAAUUUGAAGACCGCAUCUUCCUCUGCAGGAAGCAUUACACAAGGCUCUUCAAACAUUGCCUUGCCAGGUUCCAAGGAGUCAGACUUUCAGAUUUUAAGCCAGUUAGAGAUUGCUUCUUUGCUCACGCUCACAACAGCUGCAAAGCAGCACUCAAGAUAAUGAAGAGCGAGGAAAUUAUAAAGAAACUAAGAAAGGAAGCUUAUUUAGAUUUAUACUUCCCGCUGAGACGGUUCUGCAACUACUGA